CGUGCCAAGGACGCCUACCUGCAGGGCUUGGCCCGGAGGAUCUGCGCCCCGCACAGCCCGGAGCCGCAGGGCCGCAAGUCCGGUGGCAAGCCUCGGGGCACAGAAGCCACUGGGUCCCCAAGUAAGAAGAGGAGAAAAGCCCAGAAGAAAGUCCGGGAGCGGAAGCCGAAGGCUGCGGAGCCCAAGGCCCAGUCCCGGCCCCAGACGACUCCAGUAGUUUCUGGGGCCAGGGAGCCCGCAGCCGCCAAGGGUGAUCCUGCCGCAGAGCCUGGCUCCCUCUCCGCCCUGGAUGUUCUGCGGCAGCGUCUACAUGAGAAGAUACAGGAGGCCCGAGGCCAGAGCGGCCCCGGGGCGCUGUCUCCAGCAGUUCUAGAGAAGCGCAGGCGCAGGAAGCAGGAGCGGGAGCGGAAGAAGAGGAAGCAGAAGGAGCUGCGGGCCAAGGAGAAGGCGGCCACGGCGGCCCCCCAGCCGCCUCCCCAGGCGCCUCCCCAGGCGCCCAGUGACCAGGCGCAGGGCCCGCCCGGGCUGCUCUUCAACAAGGUGGAGGUGGGCGAGGACGGGCCGGCCGGCCGGGCGCAGCGCAGGAAGGAGAAGAGGCAGAGGGUGAAGGGGAACCUGACGCCGCUGAGCGGGCGCAACUACCGGCAGCUGCUGGAGCGGCUGCAGGCCCGGCGCGCGCGGCUGGACGAGCUGCGGGAGCGGGAC